GCCCGGACGCAUCCAAUCCAACCGCUGCGCUCCACAUUGCCAUGCCGGGACCCACAGCAACGGCCCCUUUGUCCCUCUGUAACUGGUUCGCAGUUUCCGCACCCAGCACCCGUCCCGUGGACACUCCACUGCAUCCACCACACCACCAGAUCUGCCGUCCGCGCAGAGGACGAGAGGAAUACUUCAUCGCGAUGGGGGCGGUGGUGACGGCGGUGAUCGCGAUCGCCGCGGUGGUGCUCGGCUGGAUCACCAUCGAGAUGGCAUGCAAGCCCUGCCUCGAGACCGGCCGACGCGCCAUGGACCGCGCGCUCGACCCCAACCACGACCCGGACUCCCCCACCAACGCCGGCGGCGCCUCCGCCAACGAGCCGCUCCUCGCCGACCUCUCCGCCUCCACCGCGCCACCCGCAAAGGCCAUCUGAAUCUCGUCAUCUCCCAGAGCGAGCCAGAGGCGGACCACCCUUUUCCCCUCGCGUUGUAAUAUUGCUUCUUUCUAUGUCAUUUUGUGUUUAUGAGUUUGCUAUUAAUAUUAAUGGUGUUUUGGUUAUGAAACGACCACUGCUAGCAAUAUAUAAACUACUUAUUCAGACUUCCAUA